AUGGAGGCCAUCACUAACAUCCAACCUACCUCCCUGCAAUCAUUAAGUUUGUGGAAUUGUUCCACAGCCAUAUCGUUUCCAGGUGAUCGUCUUCCUGCAUCGCUGAAAAGUCUGUAUAUCCGUGGUUUAAAGAAGCUGAAAUUUCCGGUGCAACACAAACACGAAUUACUGGAGUCACUAACAAUGAUUAAUAGUUGUGAUUCCCUGAAGUCUCUCCCACUGAUUAACUUUCCAAAUCUCAUAGAUCUUAAAAUCGAAGACUGUGAAAAUAUGGAGUCACUUUUGGUCUUAGGGUCAGAGUCGUUGAAGAGUCUGAAUUAUUUUGAGAUAGGUCGUUGCCCCAACUUUGCAUCAUUCCCGGGAGAAGGAUUGUGUAUGCCCAAUUUGACUCGUUUCAUUAUUUAUGAUUGUGACAAGUUGAAGACAUUGCCCGAUCAGAUGGAAACUGUUUUCCCAAAGAUGGAAUAUCUUCACAUAUCCAACUGUCAACAAAUUGAGUCAUUCCCUGGAGGAGGUAUGCCACCUAACUUGAGAACAUUUUAUAUAAAAAAUUGUGUGAAACUACUGAGCAACCAAGCAUGGGAAUGCAUGGACAUGGUUACCUCUCUCGAAGUGUGGGGUCCAUGUGAGGGCAUCAAAUCCUUCCCAAAGGAAAGUUUGCUGCCUCCCUCCCUUGUGUCUCUGCAUCUAUAUGCUUUGUCUAGUCUGGAAACGUUGGAUUGCAAGGGGCUUCUCCAUCUCACAUCACUCCAACAAUUAGACAUUGUAAAGUGUCAAAAGCUGGAGAAUAUUGCGGGAGAAAAGCUGCCUCUCUCUCUAAAAGAAUUAAACAUGUGUGAAUGUCCCUUGCUGAAACAACGAUGCCACAAAAAGGACCGUCAAAUGUGGCCUAAAAUCUGCCAUGUCCGUCGCAUAAAGAUUGACUAUAGAUGGAUUUAACGAGCAUGGAUGAUGAGAAGGUAAUUCUCCUUCUUUCACUUACAUCAUCAACCUCUAACCAUGAAAAACUAUUUUUGUCUGUGUUUUCAUUUCUUGUCGUUCUCCUUUCAAAUUUAACUUAAUUAAUAUUGCAUUCA